CAGAUCCUCACAUGGAGCUCUCGGGAGUUCGGACGAAUUCGAGUAUCUCACUAAGCAGACGCAGGACCUCGCUCUACGGACUCUAGGACGGCGACUAGGCUACUGUGAACUCCCAAUUAGUAGCUUACAUUACAUCGAGAGUGUUGAUAAUCCGUAUGGAUGACUGGCUUUAUAAAGUUUGGUCUCCCAUCCAUGAAUCAGAACAAUUUAUCCUAACUCCAUCACCAACUCCAGUUCCAGCUUCACCACCAUCAACCUCACCGACAAUCAACCAAGCCUCACAAGAUGGAUGUUCUCGCUACCCUCGACCCCAGGCUCCGUUUCAAAACCGCCGAUCUCAACGGAAUUCAAUACAGAUAUAUCCAUGCAGAGCCGGAUUUGGGCAAAUCUGCUGGUACUGUGUUCCUCAUCCAUGGAUGGCCCGAUUUGGCCCUGGGCUGGGCCAACCACAUCCCCUUCCUCCUGUCUAAGGGUCUGAGCGUCGUCGCGUUGGACAAGAUAGGGUACGGAGGAACUGAUUCACCCGAGGACGUUAAGUUCUAUACUUGGAAGCGCGCCGCAGACGAUAUCGCCACACUUGCAAGCCAACUCGGCCUCUCUCGAAUUAUCCUCGGCGGACACGACUUUGGUGGAGCAGUUGUCUAUCGCACCGCCCUCUGGCACCCAGACCUCGUUGCAGCCUUCUACGUGCUCAACACGCCCUUCGCAACUCCCACGGCCUCAUUUGUAGACCUCGCCUAUGAGUGGCCUGGAUUCAAAUACCAGCAGCAAUUCCGCACAAGUGCCGUUGCGGAUUAUGUUGGGCCUGCUGAUGCUCAAAACACCACCCGCAUUCGACAGAUCCUGAACAACGUCUACGGGGUAAUUGGCCCCAACGGCGAGCAACCCAGCAACGUCACAGACAUUGGAUUCUACUUUGAUCUGCUUGAUCUUGUGACUAAGGACACGCCACUUCUCACCAAGGCCCAAAUCGACUUUUAUGUCGACGAAUACACCAAGAAGCCAAUCAAUCAUACGCUCAACGAGUAUCGCAACAACAAGCUUAACUGGGAAGAUGAGCGAGUACUUAUUCCUGACAACACCACUUACAGCGGCAAGUUCAAACAACCUGCAUUGUACAUCGCUGCAACCCAGGACCUCACGCUUCCCCCGUCUCUGUCUGAGGGGAUGGAAACGUACUUUGACAGCUUGAGCCGAGGUGAGAUCGAUGGCGGGCACUGGGCGAGGUGGGAGAAGCCUCUCGAGGUUGAGAACUAUGUUGGAAACUGGUUGGCCACCUCAGUGUUUGGCAAUGCUUCCUUGAACCUUACUGCAGGGCUCGGCCUUGGAGCACCCUGA